GAAUGUUGUAACUCGUGAGUUGGAUGCUAUACUGGAUGUAACAUCCAGCUAAGUGUUACAGCUCCUACUGGAUAUCAGGGCAGUGGGACUUAUAAUCAUUUAUGUCGCUCACAACCAUUUUACGUUUCCACGUAGAGCCAACUGGCCCCUUCAGUUCGGGAAAAUUUGAUUUGAUCUAUAAACAUUGAUUUUGUAAAAGCAAAAAGUGGGAUGAUUGAUAACCAAUGAACGUCACACGCGAUCUGUGGUCGUUUCCACGUACAUUUCCUCUCCAUUUGUCAUUUCAGUCGGGUUGUUUAUUCCACAAGCCUCGAAACAGGAUCAUUCCGUCGACAUUCUCCUGCGUGGUGCGCAUGUAUAGACAAUGGCAACUGCUCUAAGUGGCCAUAACCCAGGUGGACGCGGACCAAACCAACGCAAAGGUCGGAUUUUAGGGAUUAUUGAUGCCAUUCAGGAUGCAGUCGGACCACCAAAACAAGCUGCUGCUGACCGCCGAACAGUUGAAAAAACUUGGAAACUUAUGGACAAAGUGGUUCGUCUCUGUCAGAACCCUAGACUACAGCUGAAAAACAGCCCCCCAUACAUCUUGGAUAUCUUACCCGACACAUACCAGCAUCUGCGGCUAAUACAGUGCAAAUAUGAGGAGAGCCAGAGACUGACUCAGCUCAGCGAGAAUGAUUACUUUAAGGUCUACAUUGAAAGCCUAAUGAAGAAAUCGAAAAGGGCUAUCCGGCUUUUCAAAGAAGGCAAGGAGAGGAUGUAUGAGGAGCAGUCCCAGGACAGGCGUAACCUAACCAAGCUCUCACUCAUCUUCAGCCACAUCCUGGCAGAGAUCAAGGCCAUCUUUCCCGGGGGUCAGUUCCAGGGAAACACGUUCCGCAUCACCAAAGCAGACGCCGGCGAAUUCUGGAGGAGAUUUUUUGGAGAAAAGACCAUCGUGCCUUGGAAAGUGUUCCGACAGUGCCUUCACGAAGUGCAUCACAUCAGCUCCAGCCUGGAGGCCAUGGCCCUUAAGUCCACCAUCGACCUCACCUGCAACGACUACAUCUCUGUCUUUGAGUUUGACAUCUUCACCAGGCUGUUCCAGCCAUGGGGCUCCAUCCUGAGAAACUGGAACUUCCUGGCUGUGACUCACCCUGGUUACAUGGCUUUCUUGACCUAUGACGAGGUUAAGGCACGGCUACAGAAAUACACCAACAAACCCGGCAGCUACAUCUUCAGACAAAGCUGCACACGACUGGGCCAGUGGGCCAUUGGCUACGUCACCAACAACGGGAACAUCCUGCAGACCAUCCCCCACAACAAGCCCCUCUUCCUGGCCCUCAUCGACGGAUGCAGGGAAGGCUUUUACUUGUUUCCGGACGGACGCAGCUACAACCCUGACCUUAAAGGCUUGUGUGAACCCACCAUCCAUGAUCACAUUAAAGUCACACAGGAGCAGUACGAGCUCUACUGCGAGAUGGGCUCCACCUUCCAGCUGUGCAAGAUCUGCGCCGAGAACGACAAGGAUGUAAAGAUCGAGCCCUGCGGACACCUCAUGUGCACCUCCUGCUUGACUGCCUGGCAGGAGUCGGACGGACAAGGGUGCCCUUUCUGCCGGUGUGAGAUCAAAGGCACAGAGCCUAUCAUCGUGGACCCUUUUGACCCACGCAACACAGGGGCUAAGUGCUUCUUCCUGGAUGACUUUAGCUCGCCUAUGCUGGAUCUGGACGACCUGGACGAGGAUAGAGAGGACUAUCUGGUCAUGAACAGACUGGCCUCCAUCAGGAAGCAGUGUGCCGAACAGCAGAACUCCCCCGUGAUGUCGCCAAACUCCUCCCCGGUGGCCCAGAGGAGGAAAGGCCAUGCUGAGACCCUCAGCAUCCAGCACCUCAGCCUGCCCCCCGUACCCCCUCGCCUGGACCUCAUCCAGAAGGGCGUCAUCCGAUCCCCCUCUGCCAGCCCCUCCAGCUCCCCAAAGUCCUCUCCAGGGCUGGCCAGAAAGCAAGACAAGCCUUUGCCUGCUCCCCCGCCCCCCAAGAGGGACCCUCCGCCCCCACCACCUCCUGAGCGCCCACCACCCAUCCCACCAGAUGGAUGUGUCUCCUUGGUCCCCUCCUCCACCAACGGCAUGCCCUGUGACCCCACGCUACCCCCUGAGGCCUGGUGCCCCAAAGAGAGCCCGAUGGUGGACCCCCACAAAACGGGGACUGGGGCUGACCGCUCCUCCAAGCUGGCCCACUCUGCCCCCUCUGAUGGCAACGGUAGACCACUCAGCUGGCCCUUGGCGGAUGCAGGCAUUGGCGGCUCGCAUCCCAGAAUAGAGGCCCUCAUGGAGAACCCCAAGCCUUACUCAAAUGGUCUCCAUGUCAGUGAUGAGUACGACAUUCCUCCUCUCCGACACUCCUCUCCCUUGCCCGCUCUCAACAGCAGCCACAAACACCUCAAUCCUUUCACCACACCUGGCAUUGGGAGAGCAAGAGGAACAACAGAGCGUGUUGAAGACGAGGAUCAGAUCCCUUCAUCCCAUUCCCCAGUCUGCGUCUCCGUCCGGAUCCCUAACAGAAAUCUGGAGAAUGGCUCCUCGGAGUCCUCUGCAGGGGAAAAGAAGCACAAGCCCUUUGUGUAUGGUGGGCAUUUUGAAUCAGGGGCGUUGCUCUCUGGGGCAGCUCGUGCCGCCCUCUGUCCCUUCCACAACAGAACGCCCUCAGACUACGACAUUCUACUUCCCCCUCAAGCACCAGAGGAGCUGUUCAACAACCUGCCUCCCUCACAGCCCUCGCCCCCUGCUCUCGUCAGACACAGCUUCACAGGCCUCUCCUCGUCCCCCUCCUGCUCACGAGCUCCCCGGCCUGCCUCCGGACAUGACCAUUUCCUGUUAACCCCCGAUACUGUGUUUGAUAUGCUGAGCGCUGUGGCCCCUCUGCCCCCUGUGAGGAGACAAACGGGGGACAACAUGAAGAGCCCUAUCCGGACAUCACAGUCCCAGGAGUACGACCAGUUACCCCCCACCCAAGUGGACGUAGAUUAUUUGCAGGCACCUGCCAGGCCGCCUAAGCCGCUCCCUCGGAUGACCCCUCCGGACAUCCAUCAGAGGAAGAAUCAUGGGCAGGACUCAGCCAGUGAGAGUACAGACGCCAAAAUCGCCAAACUCAUGGGAGAGGGCUAUUCUUUCGAGGAUGUGAAGAGGGCACUCAUGAUUGCUCAGAACAAAGUGGACGUGGCACGGAACAUUCUCAGAGAGUUUGCCUUAGUGGCCCCUAGACUCAAACUAUAACUCUGAGAAGGGGACUGAAAUAGGAGACAACUUGUGCCUCUGUGUGCGCUGGGGUAGAAGGAAAGGGCUUAUUUUAUCUUGUUAUCACUCGCUAGCUCGUUCUGACCAAAAAAAGAUAGUAAGCUUGGAAAACGCUGAUCCGUCGACUGCAUUUUUCCACAGAUCGGGAGUCCUUCCACAACUAUCUGUUCGAAGCUAAAUCGAAUCAGAGACAGAGGACAGAGUUUGUCUACCAGCAUGUUAAUCCUGUGAAGGAAAGAAUUCAGGCGAGCUUUGCCAGUGCUGGCCUCUGCGUUUACCCUUCUGCUCCUGCCACUACUGCUGCUGAUCCCCCUCCCCAACUGCCCAUCCCCCAGCCUUUCAUAAUCAGCCAAUCAGGGGUGGGGUGUCUGUAACAGACUGGUAUUGGCUCAUGUUCUUCUAUGUUUAUUGACAUUGGUGCCUAUGGUCCUUAUUCCAUCUGUCUCAAACACACCUAAAGACCCGUCCAUCACUCUCAAUCCCCUAAUUCUCUCUCUCUCUGAUAGGUAUACUAGUGUGCAGUCCAAUAAAGAUGGUGUUCCUUGUGCCCUAGCUGAAUUCUCUGUCAUAAUGAGCUGCUGCUGUUGUUGUUGUAGGAAGAGGCUGGGAGAGAGAGGCUUUUGAGUGGUGUUAUUGACUCCCAGAAGCUCCCAGGUCAGUAGCAGAGGCACCAUUAGGCCACUCUGGAGGUCCACUAUUGCUUUCUCCACUUCCUUCCUCCAGCAGCAACCUGGUGAAUAUACAAUAAGGAACAGGGUGGGACAGUAACAUGACCCUUAACGGUUCCUCUCGUCUCAGAACCACAGAUGAAACCAGAUGCAGCCUUGUGUGCAUACGUGUGUGUUUGUUUUGAUUUCUUCAGUGAAAGACAACAACCCCACUGAAAGUAUUUGUUAACUUGUGCUCAAGGCACAAACCGUUAUUAGUACACUUUCAGAUUAUAGAAAAACGUAUGUUUUUUUUAUGUGCAAAAAUGAAGAUAGAUAAUACCACCGAGCCAAUACCUUUGCGUUGACUGGUUCUACAAAUGAAUAUACAUUGUGUGUUGUUAGUGGGGUUCUUGUCAAGCAUUUAAAUCCUGGGAGGACUGCUCUUGUGGAUCACAAAUGGAGAGGACAACCACUAUUACACAAUUAAGUCAAUAUUAUUUUGAAAUUCUGUUGUCCUUUUGUUGCCUAGUUAUUGUAUGCUGAAAUAUGUAGACGCAUUCCCACACAACCUGAGACAAACUGUACGUUCGAAUUCCAGGGUCCAUUGCUUUGACAAGGGUGUCUUUCAGAGAAAACCUCUGAGCAACUACACUGCUCCUAACGUGACUCUUGCGUCAUUAGCCACAAUCAGGAAUUUUAAAGUCGAAAUCAACAGGAAUGCCGUUAAAAAAAGGAGGCAUUUUCCCUUCACUCCCCAUUACAGUAUGAACCCUGGCUUUGUCAGUUUCAAUACAAUAACUGCAUUAUUUCUCCUCUCCUAUUUGAAGCUUCAUUUUGCACCGGUCUAAUUAUUUUUCAUCUUUAAACUUGAAAGUCUCAAACUGAACAUGUUUUAUUCCAUCUGGCUCGUAAAAAGGGAGGGGGGGGGGGAAGUGAAGUGGCCUUCAUUGGGUUAGAAGGGGAGGUUUUCUCAUUCUGUUUCUCUUGCCAUGAAUUUAGUUUGAUGAAAAUGCAUUGUGGAACGUGUUAAGCAUUGUGAUGUGUGCAAUUAACUUAUACAUUAUGAAAGCCUUCACUUCAUGAUUAUUGUCAUUGUUCAGUAAUUAAAGUAACCAGUGAUUUGUUUUGUUUAUAGAUUUUUUUGUUUUCAUAAAAGCCAGUAUUAACAUGA